UUCUACUAUUAUAAAAACUCUAAUACGUUUUAUUUUAAACAAAGAAAAAGCUUACAUCACCACUUUCGUUCGCUUCAUACCUGCUGUUGAGCUAGUUGUUUUCCACUCUAAUAUGUCGCUUUCAUUUUUGAAAGAAAGAAAAAGCUUGCAUCACCACUUUCGUUCAUUUCAUCCUUGCUGUUGAGCUAGCUGUUUUACACAUAAUAUGGCCUCUAAAGAUUGUUUCAUUUAUACUUUAUAUUUUUUUUAUUAUUAUAUUUUGUAGCUAUUAAGUGUUACAUAAGAGGAUGCUUAGAAGUGGUGUCUUAGCUCAUACUAAGGUGAUCAGAAAGGUUUUCUCCAAGUUAUAUAAAGGCUUCAGUGUGGUGAAUAAGUUAUCUUUUUUGCAUUAGUGCUGUAUUUAUGGGAAAUUCUAGGUGAAGGCGUGCAAUUAAGCAUUGAUCUAGGUUAGGACCUUACCAUAUAAUUAUUAACAUGUAAUUGAUUGGAUAAUUUUGCCAUGUGCAUUUUUUAAUUAGUUUCAUUUAUGCUUUUCUUUCUCUUUAUCUAAUGUAACGACUUAUUUCUAGUUUCUUAUGUAUACAUGACUUAAUCUUAGAUAGGCAUAUGACUUAAUCUUGGAUUGAUCAACCACGUAGCACGACCUGCACUCAAUUAUGUUUUCAACCACAAUGUAAAAGCCAAAGUUACGAAGAGGAUUAAGUUCCUUAAAUGGCAAUCAAAUAUUCUAUUUAGGCCCGCCAUCAAUUUACUCAAAUUUUCUGCCAUGGCUUUUAUGCUGCUAACUGGCUUAAUUGUUCCAGACCCAAAAUGUUCUUCCGCUUUGUUUUAUGACUUGGUUAUCAACGAAUGGGUGAAAUUAUGCAAAGCUCAGAAAAAAAAAAUAAAUAAAUCAAUACACAAAUUACUCGCAAAAAUUUUGCACGAGUCUGUUAGCUGACAGAUACUGUGUUUUCUUUAUCAUGAUUGAUUUUAGAGAUAAAUGAUCCGAUAUUAAAUUUAAGUUGUGUUUUCUUACUAUAGGCCGAAAAUUUUACCCUUCGUUAACUUCAACAUUGGGAUAGCGAGUUUGGCAAAAAUAGAGAGUGUUGGUAUAGACUUUUCAUGUUUCUCUCUUUAGCAUUUGGAGCUAAUCAGCUAAUCAUAAAGGAAAGCUCAACUCAGUAUGUUUGCUAAGCUACUCAAGUUUUCAUUAAUUGCUAAAUAAGUAUAGGGAUUGAAUAUUCUAAAACUCUAUGUAAAUUUAUGUUGAGAGAAUUAUACGAAUCGUUUUACAUUGCAUUCGAAGUAAAAAAUUAACGUGGAAUGUGGUAUGUAAAAACUUGAUAACUUGACAAUUAUUUUAAAAUUUUAUACAAGUAUUAAUUAAAUUAUCUGAAUAAAUAGCAGCAGUAUCCAAGCAAUCAUUUAUGUCCUUCCGUUGAAUAAAUUUUAAACAAAGUGUGUUUAUCUCUCUAAAUGAACUUCAUGAGCUGGACACCACCUGAGUUUGUUGGGAGUUCGUGAGCAACCCGUCCUGCAUUUAUCAGCCUGUGUGGAAUUAGAAUUCGAGAGAAUGUCUGACGGGGCCAGAUCGUCGGCGGCAGUGAAAUCCCCAAAAAAACAACCGCUAAAGGUUCGGCUAGCCGUCUCCUUCCUGUCCGCAGUCCUAGACGCCACCCGCCGCUCCAACGGAACAAUCAACCGCCGCCUCCUCUCCUUCCUCGACCUCCGCACCUCUCCCAACCCCGUCUCCCACCGCGGCGUCCGUACAGUCGAUCUCACCGUCAAACCCUCUCACAAGCUUUGGAUUCGCCUCUUCAUCCCCGACGUCGUCCGCCGCCCUCAACCACUUUCCCUCAUCGUCUUCUUCCACGGCGGUGGGUUCGCUUACCUCUCCCCCGACAACCCUGCCUACGACCUCGCUUGCCGCCGCAUCGCCAAAGCGAUUCCGGUCGUCGUUGCCUCUGUCAACUAUCGGCUCGCCCCCGAGCACACUUACCCCGCCCCCUACGAAGAUGGGAUCGACGUCCUCAGAUUUGUCGAUUCGGGCGCAAUCGACGCUGUGGGUGAAGAUCUGGUUAACCCAUCGUCCUGUUUUCUUGCCGGUGACAGUGCCGGCGCAAACAUCGCCCACCAUGUCGCCCGGCGGUGGGCCGCCGCAGGGGUAGGAUGGAAAAAGCUGAAAGUAUCAGGUAUAGUCCUGAUCCAGCCCUUUUUCGGCGGGGAGGAGAGGACGGGAUCUGAGAUUCGGCUCGCCAGAGCGCCGCUAGUCUCAACGGAGAGAACGGAUUGGCUUUGGAGGGCGUUCUUGCCGGCGGGAGCUGAUCGGGACCAUGAGGCGGCGAAUGUUUUCGGGCCGAAGGCGACAGGGGAGCUCGAGGAAGGGUUCCCGCCGGCGAUGGUGGUUGUUGGCGGGCACGAUCCGCUUCAGGACUGGCAGCGGAGGUACUGUGAGGCGUUGAGGGCGAGGGGAAGGGAGGUGCGGCUGCUGGAGUUCCCGGAGGCCAUCCAUGCCUUCUACGUUUUCCCGGACAUCGCCGACGGCGAUAGAAUGAUCCAAGAGAUGGGGAGCUUUAUCACAAGUCAUGGGUAAGCAGAAUAUUGGGAAAAGAUAACUUUUUUUUUUAAUCAGAAUAUUCUUAUAUACCAUUUGUAUUACAUGGAUACCACUUAAUUUUUAUUUAUUUACGCAUG